AUGUUCCGGGGCCGGGCGAGUCCUCUCUUCCUGGACACUUCAGGGAUCUGGUGGCAGGACCCAUCAUCCCUGGCAGCGGUGGAGGCAUCUUGGGACGUGGCAGAGAUGGCAGCUCUGCGGAAGGCUGCAGUUGAUGACUCAGAUGUGAGCCACCUGGAGGGGGACAGUGUGGAGGAGCUGGAUGUGCCGGACCCAGAGCUGGAGGCCAUCAAAGCCAAAGUGCGAGAGAUGGAGAAGGAGGAUGAGAGGCUGAAGGAAUUACAGCUGGAAGCCGAAAACCGCCUCAUCAUGAGCUCAGAGGCAGCUCUCUUCCCAAAGACAACCGAGGAGAAGAAGGAGGUUGACCAGCGAUCCAUCUACGUGGGCAAUGUGGAUUACGGGGGCACGGCAGAAGAGCUGGAGUCUCACUUCAACAGCUGUGGGCAGAUCAACCGAGUGACCAUCCUUUGUGACAAGUUCUCGGGGCACCCCAAAGGGUAUGCCUACAUUGAGUUUGAAGAGAAGAGCUCCGUGAAGGCUGCGGUGGAGCUGGACGAGAGCAUGUUCAGAGGCCGUGUCAUUAAGGUGCUGCCCAAGAGGACCAACAUGCCGGGCAUCAGCACCACCGACCGCGGGGGCUACCGGAGCCGCUUCCAAGCCCCCUGGGGAGGGCUGGCCCAGCGGGGAGGUUACUAUGGAGGGCAGCACCCGAGGGUGCGAGGGAGGACGUACAGGGGUCGGGCGAGGCUGCUGCCUUGGUAUUUUCCGUAUUAGAAAGGACUGGACUGCCCUGGUGAUGCCGAUGGGAUUGGAGAGAUUUAAGAAUAUGCCUACCCAAGCCAAAAAAGAUGAAUUUUAAAAUGUGAUCUGCUGCACCUGCACAUCGGCUGGAUCCCUACCAGCAUCCCCGGAGAAGCUCACCUGAGCUUUGCUUGAGGAGAUUGUGCUUUCAUUGAGAACAGGCUCAUUCCAGAGAACAUCCUGCCCUGGGAAGAGCUUCUCCCAGACCAUC